CGACCCCACACUUUAUACCAUACACCCAACUAUCCGACCCACUGCAUCUGAAACUAUGUGGAAAACCCCCGCCGCUUGACGGUUGACGAAUUUCUGAAUUGUCAUCACCUUGAAUGCAGAGCAUCGGUUGAGCUAAUUGAAUCGGGAUCGGAAAAAAGUGGAAAAUAAUACGAAUGGACUGCAAUUUGGGGACGCGGAUAGAGCUUGCCAAUUUUUUUUUUGCUAAACAACCGCGAACGCGACAAUCAGAGUGCUAAGUGCGCUAUCAAUCAGUUCACUCCGAGGUCGGCUGCAUUGUCAUGGCUGGAUUGCGGCUGCUGAUCACCUGGCUGGUGGGGCUCCACCUCAGCCUCCACCUCCUGCUCCCGGCGACGGCCCACUACAUCCAGAUAGACCACGAGGAGUUUCGUGCCAGCGGCUUUCCGCAUCCGCACUUUCCACCGCCUCCUUUGACACCACUGGAUCAUCUGCCCCAGGUCCUCGCCGCCAAGGAACUGACCCCCGCCGAGGUCAUGGUGGAUUUGACCAACGAUCUGACCCACCGCCUACUCCACUACCACUCCAUCCUCAAUCGCAACAACUUUGCCUUCUCGCCCACCGCCCUGGUCAGUGUCCUGGUGGCCCUGUUCGAGGGAUCAGCUGGGAAUAGUGCCGAGGAACUGCGUCAUGUUCUGCAGCUGCCCAACAACCGGGACGUGACCCGAGUGGGGUACCGCGACAUCCACAGACGAUUGCGGACUUACUUUUUUGGCUCCGACAAUCCGCUAAAAGGACUCAGCUUGAACAAGGGCAACGUCACAGUUCUUAAGGACUUCGAAACAGUUCUCAUGUUCUAUGGAUACGAUCUGAGUGUAGACAUGCUAUCCUCCACGCCAGCCAAUCUCACAUCAGAUGCUGAGAUGGUCAACACUACAAUGGCCAGCAAUUCCACGAACGGAGACAUGGAAGAGGAGACCACAACGUUGAAGGAUGCAGAGACCACAACUGAAGUACCGACCACGACGACCACGGAGGCUCCUGUGACCACAACAACUGAGCCUCCAACCACCACCACGGAGGCUCCGGCGGAGGCGGAGGCCACCACUGAAGCACCAGCAGCCACGUCGGGCGAGGAAGCUGGCGAGCCCGCUGCUGAGGAUGAAGCAGCCGAGCUGGUGUCCGCCUUUGUGGCCGAGGAGGAUGCCGAACCGCUGCUGCGCAUCCAGAAGGCGCGCGUCUCCCGGCUGCCAGUCAGCAAGCUCCAGGCGCCGCUCAAGCACUCGAAUCCGAUCACACCAAAGCCCCUCUAUCUGCCCAGUGCAAGGACAGUGGCCAUGCCGAUGAUGGCUCGCCAGGUGGCAGAGCGAAAGCCGUCACCAACACGGCAGGUAAUUUCCAUUAUUGCACCUCAGGCGGUGGGAAACAUCUCGCUGACUCGGAAGACGAAAAUGGCGCGGCACAAGCGGCAUGCCCUGCCAGGCUACAAGGAUCUGGAUGCGAAUCUCUUCCUGACGCUCUUCAAUCCGCACACUCACGUGCCGCACCAUCCGCUGCACAUUCCUCCGCCAGUGCCCGCUGCAUUCGCGCCCAUCACCAACGACUUUGAGCCACACUAUAUUGGAGAGGGAGCCGAGGGCAAGUCCAACUAUAACACGGAUGUAAUAAGCCACGUUUUCUACCUGGGCAACCAGCAGGUGGUGCACACCACCUUCAAAGUGUACAACGCUGUUCUGUACUACAAGUACUUUGAGCACCUAAAAAUAAGCGUGCUGGAGCUAGAGUUGGACACGCCGGAGUACAACCUUAUGAUCCUGCUGCCCGACUAUCACACGGACAUCGUGGCCGCCGCCGCCUCCUUGAAGCUGGGCCCCACUCUUCGGUUGAUGCGGAAGCAGCUAAAGCCGCGAUGGGUGCAGGCCAUCAUUCCAGAUUUCAAGCUGCACGGGACCAUGUUCCUGACCAACGACCUGCAGAAUAUGGGAAUCUGCGAUGUCUUCGAGCCGAAUCGCGCGGAUUUCAGGCCCAUGACUGAUGAGAAGGGCGUCUACGUGCGGCACAUUGAGCAAUCCAUAGACGUCACCAUCCGUACGCAUCCCAUCAAUCAGCUGAAGCGCAACUACGGCGCCCAAACGAAGCCCAUUCAGAUCUCCGUGAAUCAUCCGUUUCUGUUUUUCAUCGUGGAUCGCGACCUGGACGUGGCUGUGAUGUCGGGCCGCAUACUCAAUCCGCUGAACGUGCGCAUUCAAUGAAGCUCGACGAAGGUCGACCAUCGAAAGUGAUGAACCCUUUGUUUCCCGGUGCCUACUAAUACGAGAAGUUAGCUAUGCGUAGUUUAAAAUGUAAAUACACAGGGGAGUCACGGGAGAUUGGGCGGGAAUUCAAUAUUUAAACAUUUAAAUGGUCUUUUUUGACCCUAAAACCCAUCUUUCCUGUGACACCCCGGUUAAGUUAAGCUUACCCCUUUAAUAGUAAACAUUGUUAGGUGGUCCUUAGCCUAAUCAGUUCUGUGGGUUGUCUACUAGAGACCUGCACGAUUCGAUGCCUAUGUCACAAGUAAAUGUAAUCAUGCUGAAGAUGCCACGACUCGGCAUUAUAGAAUCGUAGGAGUAGUAAUAAAUUUAACAUUGGACUUUUAA